UUUAUACUCACGUGAGUUUGUAUCCUUGCAAAUAUUUUGGCUACAUUGACGAAUAUUGCAAAAGAAAACGUGGACACCCAAAUUUUUACAACUAUUGAACUCAUAAUAAAAAGAAAAUGAAUCCAGGAUUAAAUUUAAUUGCAGCUACUUGUGAGGGAAUGGGAAUUGGGAUCAAUGGAAAUUUACCUUGGCGUUUAAAAAGUGAAAUGGCGUUUUUUACGAAAAUGACAAGUAAAACUGUGGACCCAAAUAAAAAAAAUGUCGUUCUUAUGGGGAGAAGAACUUGGGAAUGCAUUCCAAAUAAAUUUAGACCUUUAAAAGACAGAAUAAACAUGGUAUUAACAUCUCAACAAUUAAAUCUUAGCGAUGAAGCAAUCGUUUGUCACAGUUUGCAAAAUGCAAUUGAAAAAAUUACUUCCACUCCAUUAAAAGAUAAAGUGGAAAAAAUUUGGGUCAUUGGAGGUGGAGUAGUCUACAAAGAAUCAAUGAAUUCACCUUACUUUCAUAGACUUUAUUUAACAAGAGUGAAAAAACAAUUUGAAUGCGAUACAUUUUUUCCACCUUUACCAAAAAACUUUGAUCUUGUUUGUGACCCAGAUGUACCUAAAGGAAUACAAGAAGAAAAUGAUAUUCAAUUUGAAUACGAAGUUUAUGAAAAAGUGUAACAAAAUUUGUGAUUAAUAAUUCUGCCAAUAUUGUUAACAUCUGUUUAAAUUCUAAUUCCACAUUAUUUUUGUAAUCAAAUUAUACUUUUGAAAGUUACAGAAUAUUUUUGAAAUAUAUUUUUUUCAAGAUAAA